CUUCCGGGUGUAUACCCAAUGGCGAAGGCCAAAUCCAGUCAUGCUAUGUGCUAUUGACGAAGGUUUGCUGGGACUACAUGUUUAGGAUCCAAGAAAGUAUCCCCAAGACAGAUUUCAUAUGAUUCCUAUAAUUACUUCUGCUUACCCUUGCAUGAACUCUAGCUAUAAUGUCUCAUCAAGUACAUUGCGUGUAAUGACAGAGGAGUUCCAGAGGGGAAAUGAAAUUUGUGAGGCCAUGGAGAAAAACAAGGCUGACUGUAAUACUCUCUUUGAGCCUUACCCUUUCUUCAAAGUGUAUAAAAAUUAUUUACAGAUUGAUGUCGCUGCUGAAAAUGAUGAUGAUCUGAGAAAAUGGAAAGGUUGGGUAGAAUCUUGACUUCGCCAGCUUACUUUGAAGAUUGAGAGAGACACAGUUGGUAUCCUUCAAUGCCACCCGCACCCAAGUGAUUUUUCAGACAAAUCCAGACUAUUCCAUUGUUGUUACUUCAUGGGCCUGCAACAAAAACAAGGUAUUCCUGCAAGCGAAGGCAAACAAUUUGGUAUAAGGGCAACUGUAGAGGAAUUCAAACACUCUGUUGCCAUGUAUACAUUAUGGAAACCUGGAAUGGAGAUCCAUGUAUCACAUAUAAGGCACAACAACAUUCCUCUUUUUAUGUUUCCUGGUGGAGUUCGGCCUUCCCGCCCUGUGAAAGUAAUGAGGGAGGGUAGGAUUGUCAUGAAAUCAAAAUCUGACUCUGCUGACAAAUCAUGUGAAAGCAAAGCAGGUGCUGUGGAUGCAGUAGAUCACAAGAAGAGAAAAUUGGAUGAUGAUAAUAGCCCAAGAAAUGCAAAGUGUUUGUCUUCGAUUACUUCUGCCAGUAGGAGAGUAGUUGAGGUGUCUGGAAAUCAUAGCCCUCACUCUAUUAGGCCAUCUGCCACCACUACUACUACUUCAAGCUCUAUAACAGGAAGCUGCAUGGAUGCAGACACUCCAGAGGGAGGAAGACAUGAACAACUUGAAGCUGAUUCACACUGCAAUUCAUCAAAUGCAGUAUGUGUCACUCAGAUACCUUCUCAUAAUGGAAGGGUAGCUCAGGGAUCUGUAAGAAGCAGCCCACCUGUGAGACCCUUAUCCAGUGCUGGUUUAUCAUGCCCUAAAGAGGCAGAGAAGCUUGCCAUUGAGAACAUUUGUGGUCCAGCAGUUUCCCACCCAGAUUUUCUAGAAGAGGUUGAUGAGCUUGAAGAUGAAUUUAGUUCGAUGGAUGAAGCAAAAACUUUUGGAGGGGGUACAAAGGGCAGCAUCGCUGACUCUUUGACAACAAAGGCAGGAGAAGCAGUGAAUGGAGUACAUUCAAGAACAAGCUCCUUCCAGUACGGAAGCUCAGAGGAGCUUGAGGUCUGUUUUCCUGACUUGUCCUUUUUUCUCCCAUGCAUGCAGAUCUUUCAUUGAAUCAUGAUAUUAUGACCAGUUCGAUGAUAAAAAAAUUUCCAGCACUGGACCAGAGAAAACACACAAGGCAAACAAGAGAUGGACCUGAAUUUUUUUAUUUUCCUGUUAAAGCUCAAUUUUGACAAAAAGGAGAAUGCAGGUUGCCUGUUUUCUGAAAUAUGUCACCAUCAGUGCUUGGGAGUGUUAAAUAAUUGCGUGUCUCAGCCCUUUUGCUCCCCCUCUUUUCCAUCCAUUUCUGUUAUUAAUAUUAAGGCCCUGGUACAAAGAAGAGAGUCUGGGUGGGAUGUGGGUACAGGGGAGAGACAGACAGUGUGUGAAUGGGUGAUGGGUUAGUACAUCUUUUCCUGAGGAUGAUGACAUGAUGUACUGUGUUGGUAUUGGGGGAAAGAGAGAAGUAUGGAAAGGAAUCACCUUCUAGUAAGAGAUGAGAUAUUUUCAUGAGAAGUUCCCUAAACAAGAGGAAGAUGUCAUUUUGUUCUCAAAAAGUGACUCAAAAUUAUAUGAAGCAUCUGUGAGACACUCACCAUUAGUGAAACAAUUGUAACUAGUACUAUCUGGACCUCACACAUGCGGGAGCCUCAUGCACCGGGUACGCCCUUUGCUCUCUAGAUGAGCUGAAAGUGGUGUUUCACUUGGCCAUUAGUGCAGCAUUUGGCCAGCAAAGGUGGUCACACACACACACACACAACACAAUAAAUUAAAAAACAGUUGAAAUGUUUUUUGAUCUGGUUGAAGCAGGAGGAGUGCUGAUGGUUAUUUGCUUUUGUUCC